CACAAAUGGAGUUGUGGGAGUGAAGAUGCACGCUCAGUCAGAUUCGGCUCCAAAUCUUUGGCUCGAUUCUGAUUGCAAUUCCACUCGGUCGUCUGCAACAUUUGAACCACCCCAGGUGAAGACUUAUGUGGUAGAUAGAUAUACUUUUGCUCGAUGGACCCAAAACCAUUGAAAGAUCGUGACCCUCAAAUAGGCAGAUCUGAUUUUUAGGACGACGACCGUUUUAAGGAAGCCCAGCCAUUGUUCGACACGUUCUAUUGUUAUACACAUAUGUACUAGGACAAAGAUGAACGAAACGAAAAGUCGACUUCUCUCCCUCUACUGCAUUCCAAUAGUCCAAAGUGAGAAGAGUUGUACAACAAGAGAUGACCAUUGAGCUCGUUGCACUGCAUUAGGUAAGGUACCAAGCAUUGGGUAUGGGACCGAAAAAGAAGAUUCGAGCAAAAUGGGCGAGCACAAUCGCCCGGCCCUCAUUCACACUCCGGGGGAACUCAACUCUUACACUCUUACACUUAGAACUUACGUGAAAUGCAACUCGCACUCCAUUACGUAAGGGUCGUGGCUCAUGAACCAACUCAUCCAAUAUUGUAUUUUGUGUGCCUUUGUUGGGUGCCAACCGGUGGGGAUGGACGACACCUGGGUAGUGCAAGUACUUUUGGUGGAAUGUGACCGAGUCAACUAAACGAUGGAGGCCUGUUGAAUGGCGAUUAGUUUGGUUUCAAAACAGACAUUUUUUCCGCCGACUACUUCAAAGCCUCUCGUCAACAUGGAUCCAUUUGUCUUCCUUUAUACGAAAAAUCUUACUUUUGUACGGUGACUUCUGCCUUCAUUGUGACAUGAUCAUCCAAACCCACUCAUGGCCACCUAUAGACGAUUUUAUACUAUUACCUCUUGUUAGACGAGUGAAAGAAAGAUAGUGAGUACAAAAGGAGCUUGUAAUGGAGAUUACAUACUACGUAUAUUCAGGCUUCCAAAGGCAUUCAUUCGAUUAUUCAAAAGUUUAUCGACUCUCCGAAAUUCCACCAGAAAUGGCGGAGUCUGCACUAAAAGUGUUCCCCAUGCGAUUGACCCCUGGGAUGGAACUGAGGACUAGUUUACAGGACUUUGUCCGAGAGAAAGGUCUGAAAGCCCCUUUCGUUAUGACGUGUUGCGGUUCGGUUACCAAGAUUACCCUUAGAUUUGCUCAGAAGCCAGAUGGAGGAAUCAAUGAUAUUAAAACGUUCAAUGAGCAUUUUGAGAUCACAUCCUUGGUGGGCACAUUCUCGUCGGAACUUUUGGAGGGGUGUGAAUGCCAUCUACAUAUCACUUUGGGUCGAGCGGAUGGUUCCACCCUCAGCGGUCAUCUGGUGGGCGAUGCAAUUAUUUUCACUACGGCUGAAGUGGUACUGGGCGAAUGUACUGACGCCGUGUUCACGCGGGAAUUUGAUGAAGCCACCGGAUUCGAUGAAUUGGUGGUGAAACCGAGAAAAGAUUGAUCAGAGAGACAUUUCGACGGCUACAUAGCGUAAAGGCUAUUUGACUUGAUACACUUCAUCCCCGGACAUUAAAUAUGUUGGUUAUGAA